GACACCGUCCGGUGAACUGCACUGCGGUCAUGGCAUGACGAGUGGCGAGCCACUGGUUGAAGACCACCAUGCCGGGGGGCGACAGACUGGCGGUGGUUCGCGUCACUAGCGAUGCCGUUUCAGCUGAAGAGCCCGAUAUUCGUGUCAGUGCGGGCGCGGUCAGUGCGGGCGCGGUCAGUGCGGGCGCGGACGGCGACCGCCAAGAUCGCGAGACGGCCUUGACGGGAACUUCGAUGGCCAAUCUAGGCUAUAUUGAUGACGAGGAGGAUGAUGAACCACUUCCUUGGUCUGGUAGCUAUGUUUUUGCAUGCUUACUACUGCCCAUGGUGAAUGGCUGCCUCUCAAAGUCCUUUUGGCCUUGUUUCACCUUGUACUAUGUCACGAUGUCAUGGCCCUUGUGGAGAUGCGGCUUGGCAAUCUCCAGCGGAGCUCUUGUGCACUGUUUGAUGCAACAAGUCCUCCACAAAGCUGGGCUUUGGACGUCGCUGCCGGUAGCUCUCAUACAUUUGAUCUUUGCGGUUCUCGCGCUGGUCUACAUCACUGAGGAAUGGGCAAUCUUUGCAGAGAUGGUUUGCUUGCUGGGUCUCGAUGCGAAGGUUGCCAUUGAAGGCCUGGCAUUCGACUGGUUCCAAUCGGAGCAUCCCUCCUUCGGCUUGCAGGCCAGCGCCUCGGUGGUCGCCUCUUUCACUCUGAGUCAUGUGUUGUCCUUUUCUCUCGGGGGUAUCAUCUACAACUUCACCGCCUGGGAAGGCAUUGCAAUCUUCCACAUCAGCUGUCAAGGCCUGAUUUUUGCCAUGCUCCUUUCUUCGCCUCCAAAUUGGAGGUCCUUGAAGCACUUCUUUUCUGGAAGGGAUGCUGGCCGGGGCGGUGGCAUGAAAUCCAUCGUGCCUGAGGAGACCGAUGACAAGCAAUGGGAAAUCCAAAGCGUGGGGGAGGCCGCGGAUCCUGAGUCCCCCAAGUCCCCUGAGGUCGGGGCAGCAUCGGGGACCACGAGAACGCUUGCUCCCGCCCAAAAGGAUGAAGGAGAUCAGGCCCGUCUCGCACGGAAAUCGGUGAAAUCGGCCAUGAGUACUCCUGAAGAGGGCAAAACGAGGAAGUCGACUCUGACAGUUGGUUCUCAUUAUUCACAGGCAAGAAAGUCCAUGGCCAGGGGCUCGAUCAUGUCCAGAAACUUUCAGGGGACAGGAAAACGACCGUCCCUCUUCUUGGUUGCAACCACCGUGACCGCACAGAGAACCACAACUUUUUCGCGCGCUCCGGCGAUUACAAAACGCAUCUCCAGCUGGUCUCAGAGAGGUUCAACCGUGUCUGUGAACGCCGUGGAGGGUCGCUUUGUGGUUGACAAAGAUUUGCGGUUAGCCUUCGCUGCACGGAAUAGCACCCAUUGGGGGUUGAAGGAAGUAGAUGCAGAUCUGCGCUUUCCAAUGACUCUGGUGGCCUGUACGAAUUGGGUGUGUCACUUUUCGAUGCUCUCCCAACUCUCCACCUUUGCCCUACUGCUCUCGCGGCAAGGCUGGACGUCGGCCAUUUGGGCGGGCGUCGCGCAGUCGGGUGGCGAGGUCUUGUGUAUUGUUGCCACAUUGCUGAAGGGAUGCUUCAGUCCUGACGAGGACCUGGAGGAAGAGGACGAUCCACCCAAGCGUGGGGCUUUAUAUCGUUGCUUCUCCUUCGUUUUUAGCGAACCCUACAAUGUCAGCGUGUAUUUGCUGGUCUUUGCCGCCAUCAACUUUUGCCUCAUCAUUCCUGAAGCUGCAGGCGUCGUGGCAGCACAGGUGCUCUUUAGCACGACCUAUGCCCUUGCCGACAAAGCUGCGCAUGACAUGUACGUCCUGUACAGCUGUAUUGGCAAUCCAGAUAUGUUGUACACGGUGGUGUCCCUGGGCUACGGCGCAGCGGUCGUUGGAGGAAUCAUGGCUGGAGUGCUGACGUUGAGCCUCUAUGACAUCGACGUAAUGAUCCCUUUCCUCAUCAUCGGCGGCCUUUGUUUCAUGAUUUGCGUGCAAUAUACCGCUGGAUUCUGCUGCCGCGUGGGGACGGAUAUUCUGACAUCUGAGGCGGAUCGUGAAUGAAGCUCUCGAAGUGGUCCCCUCCUUUUUUCUGUGACAACC